AACUACAAUACCCAGCUUGCCAUCGCAGCGCUCUGAUUGGUCGAAGGCGCGCCAGGGUUUACGUGGCACUGCUGCGGACGCGCAGACUCCGUCUGAGCUCGGUGGUUCCGGCUGGAAGACGGUUCGGUCCGGAUCAGCAUGCAGCCGUGCGUGUUGGCGCUCCUGCUGCUCGCGCUCUUCUGCAGCCGCGCGCCCGCGCUCUACUUCCACAUCGGAGAGCUCGAGAAGAAAUGUUUCAUCGAGGAGAUCCCGGACGAGACCAUGAUCAUCGGAAACUACCGCACGCAGCUGUACGACAAGCAGAAGGAGGAGUACCUGCCGGCCAGCCCGGGUCUGGGCAUGUUUGUGGAGGUCAAGGAUCCUGACGAGAAGGUGAUCCUGUCUCGGCAGUACGGCUCGGAGGGACGCUUCACCUUCACGUCGCACACGCCCGGAGAGCACCAGAUCUGCCUGCACUCCAACUCCUCCAAGUUCUCCCUGUUUGUGGGAGGAACGCUGAGAGUUCACCUGGACAUCCAGGUGGGCGAACACGCAAACAACUACGCCGAGAUCGCCGCCAAGGACAAGCUGACGGAGCUGCAGCUGAGGGUCCGGCAGCUGGUGGAGCAGGUGGACCAGAUCCAGAAGGAGCAGAACUACCAGAGGUACCGCGAGGAGCGUUUCCGCCAGACCAGCGAGAGCACCAACCAGCGCGUCCUGUGGUGGUCCAUCGUCCAGACCCUCAUCCUGGUGGCCAUCGGCAUCUGGCAGAUGAGACACCUGAAGAGCUUCUUUGAGGCCAAGAAGCUGGUCUAGGUCUGGAGGGGGCGGGGUCAGACGCUCUGCAGAAAGUCUGUCCUCCUGUCUGAAGAGCCUCUGCUUGGUCCAGCAGGGUCCUGCCAGUUUGUUACUGAGCACGCGAGAUUUCCCAGGAAGUGAAGCGACGGCGGCUUUACUGGAAGCACAAAAACUGUUCCUCUGCAGACAUCACAGCUUUGAUUUCUGCAGAAGAAAACCUUCAUUUGGUGAAUCUUUUUGGGUUUUGGACUUUGGUUUCUAUUUGUGAGAGGAUGGAUUAAAGUUGAUUUCUAUCAAACGAAGCUGUUCAAUGCUGUUAUUCCAGGUUCACAUGAACUUGAAGAUCCGCCGCCCGCCGUGGUCGGUGGAGGUUUUGUUGCUGUUUGUGUGAAGGCUGCACGCCACAUUGCUCUGAACACGCUCCCAAUAAAGGUUUGGGUGUUUUGAA